CUAAUCAAUCCGCCUUGGCGGGGCUAUAAAAGAGACCUGUUCGAACAGAUUGGCAAAUUAGUCGUUGGAUUCACUCACAAUAUGAAGCUGCUCUCGAUCGCAUUUCUUCUGGGUCUUUUGGCUCUGGCCAGUGCCACUCCCCUUAAUCCCGGCAAUGUGAUCAUCAACGGCGACUGCCGGGUUUGCAAUGUUCGAGGCGACUAAUAUAUGGACUUAAAGCGCAAUUCUCUGAUGUGUCAAAAUAUGAAAUAAAAUUAGUUCACAGAAUCUUAUA